CGUAGUGCACUUCGUAGGGGGUAGAAUAUAUUGCUUUAUACACUAGUUAGUGCACUUAUUUAGUGAACAUUGUGCGAUUUGGGAUUGAACCCUUUUCGAUUUUUUUAAACCCGUCCCGCUAAACGCGAAUGAUAUUGAAGAAGGCUGAAAGCUAAGUAAAGAAGAAAGAAGAUGGCUACAGGUGAUGUGAAAGGAAGUCUCAGGAAGCUGCAGGCAUCUCUCCGAUCUGUAAAAUACCCCAGAGAUGUUGAUUAUCAAGGCUUAGCUAAAGGAGAUCCGUCCUGCUGUCUGCUCAUCGUCAGCUACGCCUUCACCUCCUUCUCCACCUCCGUGGCUGAACACCUGGUGGAGUGCGGCAUCGAGCUCACGGGAAAAAACGACCUGAGCUUCAUGGAGUCUGUUUACAAGGUCCUGCGUGAUCUCUUCAGUUACAAACCCCUGUUGACUAAGCAGCAGUUCCUGGGGUUCGGGUUCGCCGAGAGAAAGAUCGCUCUUCUCUGCGACAUCAUCGGCUUCGUCCUGGACAAACAUAAACAGCUCACUAAAGGCUCUAAGCAACCACUCCUUGUGCGGCUGACGAGCUGCCCUGUUGGUCCACUGAGAAGGAGGCUGUCUCGCAGCGACUCGAAAUCUGUGGAUUGUUCACCACCCAGAGAGAUCCAGAGGACACCAAGGCAGAAAGUCGUUUCGAGCAGGUCGCUGGUGGAGAGGCACCCGAGUCUCCGAUCUCCAGCGCAGGUCAGCUUCUCCUCAGACAAUCAGCAGCUGAACGAGGAUCAGAGGGAAAACGAGAACAUGGAGGGAAGGCAGAGAUCUCACGAACGAGAUGUUCCUCCACCUCCUGCUCAUACAGAGUGUGCGUCAGAGAGCAGGUUGCGAGCGGUGGAGGCCGGUCUGCAGCAGUGUGUGUCCAGGCUGGAGCAGCAGCUGACCAUGCUGGACGCCAGAGUGCAGGCGCUGGAGAAGAGCACAGCUGGAAAGAUCUGUAUAGAGCGCAGUGCGUGGGAAGAGCUGGAGAACCGGGUUCUGCUGCUGGAGACGGGACUGACGUUAACCCGGGCUCAGGGUUCGAUGAGAACGGGUGGAGUUAUGAGUGUGGAGAGGAGCCCACAUCAUGAUGAGAGCGUAGUUACGGAGUGGGUUAAAGAGCCGGUCAGUGGUUCCACUUUGGCAACCUCACCAGGCAACCAAUCAUCGUCCUCAGAGGAGAAUAUUAAAGAGAGACUGGAGAGAAUAGCCAGUAUGAUGAAGGACACGUCCAGCCUUUUGAAGAACAUCGAGCCGACAAUAUGAAUUUAUGACAGUGUUUAUGAUCGGGUGUGUUUAAGACGUGUGAAUGUAGAGGUGUAAAGGGAAGGAAAAACCUCCUCAGGGUCAAUUGUAUUUAUUUAUACCGGAUAAGAUGUAGUGAUGAUGUAAGCUGCUUCGUAGUUCAUUUUUUUAUCAUUUUUGGAUGUUUUUUUUUAACGCAAUGUGACUUUGUAUUCAUGCUGGAACUGCAUUUCUCUGUGACUGAGGUUAAACGUCAUUGAAGUCCUUUGUCCAGUAGAUGUCCCUGUAACACUGUACGUCAGAUUCACGUGCCUCUGCUGACCUCUGCGGUCCGUGAUAUGCAUUACCACGAUGUUCUCACGCGCCGAGAUGAAAACAUGCUGUAUUUUUUUUCUAUCAGCCUGGCUUUCAGAUCAAGUAAAAACCACAGAAGUGA